GACUGGUGGCUGGCCGACAUGUACCUGGGCAACCCGCUGCCGCUGCCGGUCAACUCCAACCCCGGCAUGGUGUUCCCGCCGCGCAGCUUCCGCUCGGCGCACGACCAGGCGCAGUUCGCGGCGCGCUUCCUGCGCUGCCUGCUUGACCACAAGGACGUGCUCGACUGCAAGGCGCUGCCCGUGGAGCGCGCGACGAGCCGCGAGAAGGGCCAGCCGCUGUGCAUGGCGCAGUUCUACCGCCUGCUGGGCCACUGCCGCACGCCGGGCGCGCCGCGCCGGCUGUCGGAGCGCGAGCUGUGCGCGCAGCUGAUGCACGUGCUGCGCGAGGCGCCCAGCCUGCCGCCGGCGCCGCCGCUGGGGCUGCUGACGGCGCAGCGCCGCGACGUCUGGGCGUCGCACCGACACCUGCUGAUGCAAGACGAGCAGAACCGCGCCAGCCUGGAGCAGCUGGAGUCGAGCCUGGUGCUGGUGUGCCUGGACGAGCCGCUGCCCGCCAGCUUCAACAGCCGCACCCUGCGCGAGAGCCGGCCGGAGGUCGCCAGGGGCCACCAGGUGGUGGGCCGCGACGAGACCAACAUGGCGCACCAGAUGCUGCACGGCGGCGGCUCCGCCCUCAACGGCGCCAACCGCUGGUUCGACAAGACGGUGCAGGUGGUGGUGUCGAGCGACGGCGUGUGCGGGCUGUGCUACGAGCACUCGCCGGCGGAGGGCGUGGCGGUGGUGCAGCUGAUGGAGCAGGCGCUGGCGGGCUGCGCCGACCUGCCGCCCGCGCCCUCCGAGCCGCCGUGCGCGCCGCCCCACCUGCCGCCCCCGCGCCGCCUGCUGUGGCGCCCCGACGCCGCCCUCAGGGAGGCGCUCCAGCGCGCCGCGCAGCACCUCGACGGCUUGGUGGAGGACUUAGACUUCUACGUCUAUCGCUAUGCAGGCUACGGGAAAGAAUUCAUUAAAUCGAGCAAAGUCAGCCCUGAUGCCUAUAUUCAGCUAGCGUUGCAACUAGCGUACUUCAAGCUCAACCGUCGGCUCGUGGCAACUUACGAGAGUGCGUCUACGAGGCGGUUCCGGCUGGGGCGAGUGGACUGCAUCCGGUCUGCCACUCCGGAGGCCCUGCAGUGGGUGACGGCGAUGUGCCAGGAUGAGGACGAUGGGACACAGCCUUCUGGAAAACGGGUAACAUUCAGCCUCUAUGAUGAAAAAAAGAAGCUUGAGCUGUUUGAUGCUGCAAUCAAAAAACAAACGGAGAUAAUGGUUGAUAACAUUUUAGGUCAGGGUAUUGAUAUCCAUUUGCUUGGUCUCAGAGAAAUGGCUAAAGAGCUUGGGGAACCAUUGCCAGAAAUUUUCUCUGAUGAUUCAUACAAAAUUGCCAAUCAUUUCUCACUGUCUACUAGUCAGGUUGCAACAGCAACUGACAGCUUCAUGGGUUAUGGACCAGUUGUUCCUGAUGGGUAUGGUGCAUCAUAUAACCCAAGAUCAGAUACUAUCACUUUCUGUCUAUCAGCAUUUCACUCGUGCCAGACUACAAGUACAUGGAAGUUUGCUCACAGCCUUGAAGAGAGUCUUAACAGAAUGCAACAACUGGUUGGCAAUCGACAAUAGAACCAACAUUUGUUGUUUACAAAGAAUAAGUUCUGUUGAAGCCAAUAUUAAGCUAGUAAGGAUGCUAUUAGAAACUCACUCAGUAUUACUGGAACCAAAUACCUCUUCAUUUCUCUUAUUACUAUGAUCACACUGCAACACAUUUCCUCAUAGGAAAUGCUGAAACAAUCUCUAAAAAUUGAAAUUGUGCAAUAUUUUCCUACUAGGAAUACACAUCAAUAAGAAUAAAUACGCAGUAGGUUCUGAAAACAAUAUGAAAGUUUCUGUGUAUGCCUCAACAAAUUACAAUAAAUAGCAUGUUUAGUUUAUCAUUGGCGAUCAAAAAAGAAGGUAAAUUUACUAUUCUACUUUCAGGAGUUUAUUAGAUACGUAAGAGCAAAUUGGUUUUACAAUGUUACUGUAAUCACUAUGCACAACAUAAUAUGUAGAUAAGAGGAGUACCAGCACAUACAGCUCCAGCAGAUAUUUAGAGAUCUUAUGCACAAUACUAAUAGAUGGCACUUAUUUGAUUAAUUAGAUUUCUUUUGCAUUUUGUUCCUACACCAGUCAUCAGUUGUUCUGGGCACUGUAGUUAUCUGGUUACAGCACAUUCAGUUCAGUCAUUAGAGUCAGAACAUUGAUAAAUAAUAAGUCUAAAACUUAAAGAACAUCAUUUCCACAGUGCUGUUAGUUUAAAACAGUACAGUACUAAGCAGUGGUAGCUAAUUUCAAGCAUGUGAUCAUUAUCAAGAGCAAAUGUCAUCCUCAUUUGCAUAGACAUCAAUGGACAUGCCCUUGGAAUAGGUAACUCCCACGUACACACACACAGUAAUUUUUAAUUAAAUAUUUAUUUCCACACAGUAUAGAAUAAACUGCUGGUACUCUUUCAUUAUUAUAGUAUUUUCCAAUUUAUAAGAGAUCAUUUCUUUCCCUAGUACCAGGUUUCUGGGACACAGGCCAACAAUGUGAACUUCUAGCAAUACUGCCUGUGCUUUCUGAAAAAUUAUUUAUCCACAAUAGUUUUCAUUGCGUGACAAAGAUACAUUGUCAGAAGAAGUGCUGCGAAUAUUUUUAAAAAAUUACUUUUAGCAACUACACAAUAUAGCUGUCCUUAAUACAUCUCUGCUAUUAUACACCAAUUGAUUGUUACAAAUAAUGAUUAAAUUACAGUGUUCCUCUCUUAGGCAAAUGUAAUUAUUAUUUACACACUGCAGUUUUCAUCGUAGUAUUAAGAAAGAUGAGUUACUACUACAUUUUACAUUCUCGGUGCUACAUGUCCAACAUUUGCAAAGUUUUCUAUGAUAUGACAACAGUUUGUCUGGAAAAAUAAAUAUGUCCAUUUUAACACACCUUUCCCAUGAUUGUUAGUGAACCAGUAGCUGUGAUACAGUUCUCUUAGUUGGAAACUGUCAGUUUAAACAAUGUUAUUCUAAAAUUUAAUGCUUUCCAGUGGCAAGAAAAUGUUUCCAGACUCAAAUAUAAAAUGUAAACAUAAAAUUGAAAGUAACAAACACUCAUUGUAGUUUGUUCAUUUAGAAUCAAUCUGUUAUGCCAUGAAAAGGGAAAUGGUGAAUUUUUCACCUUCAGAUUUUGCUGCCAUCUCAAAUUUUCUAACUUAUCUGCUGACUAAAAUGAUAACUCACCAAUUGGCACUGUCAGUGUUGAUAAUAGGUAGUAUUAUGUAAAAUGGUUGUGCAGUAACUAUUUUUGAGAACAAUGGUUUUUAGAGUGCCUUUACUUUCUUCAACUAGAGAUUUCUUCAGUUGUGCCAUGCUGGUGAUCACUACGCACAUUAACAUAUUCUCAAACAUAUCAUUAAAUAUAUUAUGCUUAAAAUUGAUGUUAGAAAUUUCAUUUUAUAGAAAAUUUACAAGGUAAAAUUUGUACCCUAUUGACUUACCAGAUUCAUUGGCUGCAAAUUAAUGUGAUGUAGUAUAUGACAUAGACACCUAUGAAUGCUGUUAUGAGUAGCAACUGUUAAUUGUGAAUUAAAAUCAAAUAUAAUUGUGUGAUAUUUGUUUAGUUUAUAGUGAUCUUUAAUACUGUUGUUCUUUAACAAAAAUUUAUUCUGUUUUAAAAAAAUAAAAAUUUUAUUCAUAGUUAGCCAUGAAUGUGAAAUAGCUUUUGUUCUACACUGUUAAAUAUGUGUAUGCCACAUAAGACCACAAUUAUCAUUAUUAAAUGUAUAGCACAUUAGUACAAGUAAGAGAUAGUGAGUGAGUAGCAAUGUAAUGAGGCUACAGCAUAUAAAACAGCUGUUGACAACUAUCCUGCUCUGUUUUUAUGCUAAGUCCUACACAUAAUUUUCUGUUACAGUAGUGUAUAGUGGAGAAGUGCCAAAUUGCAGCAAAAAGCAUCUACUUUUUUUGGACACCAGUUGUUACCCAAAUCUGAAACUUCAAAUAGGAAUAUGUUCCUAUCCUGUGAUUUAGUCAUGAUGUUUUUGGUUAAGUUCAGUAUACCAUUUUGCAAACAUGUCUGAAAUACUUGAAAAUGCUUUUAAUGAAAGUACCACACACAUAUACUGAUACUUAUGAGGAAAUAAGAGUUCAUAAUAGACCAUUUUUUGAGACUUGCUAUGUUUACCAAGCAUACCUUUCUGCUUCAUCUUAUAAAGACUCUCCAGGAAUACACCCAUUUUAGUUUAUGUGUCUUGACUAAAUCAUGCUAACAUAUAAGCUACAAUAUACUAAAAACUAUAUUUUCAAAAUUAAACAGGACAAACAAAUAUCAGACUUGAAAUUGCAACAAAGAUAAGAGCACUAUUAAAGAGUCAACAUCAAGCUUCUUUGGUGUAAAAGGGAACAGGUAGCAAACUUGAAUUAUUUUAAGAAUUGUAAUAAAUUUUGGAAGGUGGGUGAGGUGCUCAAGAGGAAUUAAACAACAGUCAUUAAAACAGCAACUCAGAUUCUCCCAGCAGAUCUCAAUGGUAAUUUGAGACUUCCCUGUUACUUUUGUAUAUAUGCAUAGUUUAUGCUUUUAAUAAAAUGAAAUUUUAAAAGUA